AUGAUGCAAAAGCAACAGAAGUUGAUGCAAAGACAACAGAAGACAGUACAACAGCUGGCACAGCAAAUGAACCUCCUAUCAGGCCAAGCAAGCACUGCAAAUGCACCUGCAAUGAUGCAGGAGAACCCAGAGCAAGAAGCUCAACAAGAAGAAGAAGAGGACUGA